AUGGCUGACGGCAACAACAGCAAUGGGCGUGGCCCCCGUCGCCAUCGCUACCACCAGCACGCACCAAUGGACGGCGCAGCGCAACAAAGAGCACGCCGACGCCACGCGGAUGACCACGGUGGUGGUCGAAGGCAGCUCUUCUUCCCCGACUUCCACGCCCCACAACAGCAACAACAGCAGCAGCAGCAGCAGCAACAACAGCAGCAGCACGAAGCGGUGGGGCAAGUUCCACAGCACCAAAUGCACCACAUGCACCAGCAACAGCAGCAGCAGCAGCAACAGCGUGAACAGCUUCACCAGUACCUGCAACAUCAACAACACCCACAACAACAGGCACAACAACAGGCACAACCGCAGCCGCAACAGGCGCACCACCAGGAUGCCCGCCAUCGCAUUGGUAGCGGGUAUGAUCUGCGCAACACUAACGGGGUUCAUCCACACGAGCGCGUGUACGGGGUGUCCAGCAGUAGCGGCUCGAGUGUUUUUGGGGACGCCCCUCGCCCACAACAAGCCAACGGCGUCCACUUCAAUGCCGUUUUGCGGCAACACCAACAGCAACACCAGCCACAACAGCCACCGCUGCAACAGCCACAACAACAACACCAGCCACAACAGCAACAGCAACAACGCCAGCCGCAACAACGCCAUCACCAACCACCACAACCCCAACACCAGCCACAACAAUUCCGUGCUGGUGGUGGACAGUUUGCCGGCGAUGCCCACCGCCUCAUGCAGAUGCUGCUGCACAUGGCAGACCCAGACGCCCGCCGUAUCAUUGCGCAGUCGUUUGUGCACUUUGCUCAAUCGAGGAGUGGUCAGCACGGUCAGGGCGCACGUGCUCCGCCACCACAACACCAAAUGCAUGGGCAGCAGCCCCAGCAACAGCAACAACAGCAGCAACAGCAGCAACAGCACAUUCACCACGCAUUUGCACCAGCUCACCACCGCCGUCCUCAGCAGCCACAACAGCCGCAGGCGGGUCGCGAGCCAUUGUUGCUUGAUGAGGUGCUGCAUCAGCUUCCAGCAGGGCAGUUGCAACAAGGUGUGGCAGGCCAAGGGGCACAGCCACGCCCACCCUUUGGCGUGCCUGCAGGCAAUGGUCCUCCUCAGCAGCAUGGCCAGCCACCACAACCACAGCACAAUGACGGUGGACCAAACCUGUAUGCGCAACUGCUCAACCAUCUUGUUCCCGGCCAACAGCGGCAUCAGCAACACCAACACCAACCCCAACCCCAACGUCCACCCCAUCUGCAACAGCAACAACAGCCACCACCCCCACCGCCCCCGCAACCACCACAACAGCAUCAACAACCACCAUCAAUGCCGGCAUCGCCAGCGGCCAGUGAUCGCAGCGUCCCGACCUGCCCCGUGUGCUUUGAGGAAGGACGACGCGACGCCAAGCAACAUCUGUGCCAGAGGUGCUACAACAACAUCUACCAACGCAUUCGUCGCGGUGUCGAACGAUUGGGCCGCAGGUUCACCUUUGAGCGCUUCCAGGAAUCGCUCACCGCUGUUGCUGAUGUUGGUGCUGUUGCUGCUGCUGGUGCUGCUGAUGUGGAUGAAAUGAAGUGCAACUCCGACAAACUUGGGCACAAGUGCUUCCACUGCCUUGCGCUCAAAGCGACUGAAGUGGCAGAGGAGGCAGUGCGGCGAACCAUCUCCACGGUGGUUAAUCGCAAGUUCGCCAACGACAGGCGCUACGACUAUGAUGAUGGUGACGAUGAGGAGCAGCACGGCGGUGGGCGUGGCGGCGGGCACGACAGGCGCUUCCGGCGCCUCCACCGCGACGAUGACGAUGAUGACAGUGGUCAUGAUGAGGAUGAUGAUGUUGGCGGUGAUGAUGGUGGUGGUGGCUAUGAUGAUCGUGAGCGGCAGCCGCUUCAUCCGGGCCGCCGUCACCACCAACACCACCGCCGCCGCCGCGAAACCCAUCAAGGGCACCACGCUCACCACGACCGGCAGCAACGUCGUCUGCAGCCACGCCCCCUUCACGAGCAGGACGUGCCUGCAGGCAACGUGGCCCACCGCGGUGCUCAUCACCACCAAGCAGACGCCAUGGCUGAUGGACACCUCCAGCCAGCUGCUGUGGCGCUGGGGUCACCAUCGAUUGGCUCUGAGCAAAACAACCAGUUCCACCAGCACCAGCAGCAGUACGACGGUGGCCACUUUGCACCGCACACGCACCAUGAACAUGAUCUGUAUCAGCACGAGCAACGGCACAAUCGCAGUCGCCAGCGCAACCGAAGCACUGUCACGCGCCACGGCAGUGGUGACCUGUCCUUGGCAGAUGCCUCUUCAUCGUCAUCCAUGCACAACAGCCUCACAUCGACACCUCGCGUCGGUGGACAGUGCUACCCGAAACGGCGCCACAGCUCACGCUUGUGCAGUGCUGGCAGUGCCACGACCCCCACCUCAACCCCGACAACACCAAACAUACUGCAAGCAGCUCAUCAGGUGGGAACGGCCACAGACAUGCAUGCAGGCACGGGCGCGAUGAGCGAUGCCGUUGCGACCAGCACCAGCAACAGUAACAGCAACAGCAACAGUAACAACGCCGGGUUCUUCACACACAGCCACGCAUACCCCAAUGCCAACGGCCACGGCGAUCAUGGCACAGGCAACAAUGACAAUUGCAACAGACAUGGCGAUGCCAACGGCCUUAGGAAUCCGCGUGUUGAGGACGAAAACGCCAAUGACACCAUGCUUGACGACUUGAUGCAACACUUUGCCGACGUGGACAAGGACGAUCCCUCCACGGACGACUUCCCAGACUGGCCAGACUUUUCGUGA